GCGACCGUGUUUUGUGGAUUUUCUCACGUGUGGAGCAGUUUAGGCUUUUCUGUAGUCUACUCUCGACAUUUUUAUCAGAUUCUACAGAGUUAAUGUGUUGAUUGCUGGCGCAGAGAUGGCGAGAAAUGAUGAGGAGAAACUGGAGGACUCUCUAAAAGACGAAAACGCCGAUAUGGAGGAUUGGGAAGAAGUUGUUAAAUCAGACGAACAACAUGAGGACAGCAACGGAGACGAAGAGGACGAUGAAGAGGAGGAGGGAGACGAGGACACUGGGAAAGUCAAAAAUGUUGAAAAUGAAAAUGCUGCAGAGCCAGAAGGGCGCACGGGUGAAGAGACUACACGUAAACAAAAGAAAACUAAGCUUGGAAUAAAAUCUGACAAAAAGGUGGUUCCAGGGAUCAUUUACCUGGGACACAUCCCACCUAGACUCAAGCCCAAACACCUGAGGAACAUGUUGUCAGUCUAUGGAGAGAUCGGGCGCAUUUUUUUACAACCAGAAGAUGGCAUGGUUUCUAAAAGGAAGAAGAAGUCUGGUCUGCGUCGCUGCGACUUCACUGAGGGCUGGGUGGAGUUCAGGGACAAACGUGUGGCAAAGAGAGUUGCUGCCUCUCUCCAUAACAGUCCAAUGGGAACCAAGAAGAGGCAGCGUUUUGCUGCUGAUUUGUGGUGCAUGAAGUACUUGCACCGUUUCCAGUGGACUCAUCUGAGCGAACGUCUGGCCUAUGAACAUACAGUACUCCAGCAGAGACUCAGGACCGAAGUGUCUCAGGCCAAAAGAGAAACCAACUUCUACCUUGCCAAUGUGGACAAGGGAGAGAGGAUGGAGCGCCAGAGGAAGAAGAGGCAGAGGGAUGGACAACAGGAGGAAGUGAGAACAUGGGACUUCACUCAGCGUCAAACUGAAGAGGAGAUUCAGAACAGAAAGAAGAGAAAAAAUAAAGACUCACUUUCACAGAAACAAAUGGACAAGUCGCUCCUUAUACAACAGAAGAGCAAAUCAAAUGUCUCACUGCUCGCCAAGAUUUUCAAUGCCAAUCAGUCAUAAGCACGCCGACAAUAUGCUGGGAGUGCAAACAUUGGAACAUUUUUAAACUGCAAAUGCAUUUUGCACUUGCCAACGACAGUCUGUUUUUGGAGCCAACAGUGACGUUUUUGCUAGAUUAAUUUUUGCAAAGACGUGGGGAUAAAAUGUUUUUGUUGCUUUAUCUCAAUAGAUCAACUGAAAUGAGAUAAUUAAGUAACACUUGAAUAUUAAAAAUCUGUAAAUAAAUUCACCAGUUUAAAUUA